AUGAGCAGCACAAGCACAAGCACCUCAAAAACAUACCAGCCAACGACCAAACCAAGCGAUUCCAUCCCUCAAGCAGCCAUGAAGUUCCUUCUGCUCGCUACCCUCCCCCUAAUCCACGCCGCCACCCUCCACCCCCUCCCUCGCCAAACCGACGACGACUGCCGCCGCGUCACCCUCCCCGAAGCCCAAUCCUUCAUCACCGCCUUCUCAGACAUCUGGACCCGCACCGGCGACUGGAACACCGCCGCCGCAGAGAUCUUGUCGGAAGACGACUUCGCCUUCAUCUCCAGUGGCGGGUUGUCGUUUUUGGGUCGUCCGGUAUGA